CUAUAUGACAUUUUCUGUAAAAUUUUAUAAAUUACUUUUUUAUUUUUAUUUAUUUUGUUUUUAAUAAUUUGUAAAAAAUCUAAAAAAACAAUGUCGAGCAAAUCUCAAUGUUCAAGUAUUUCGGUCCAGAAUUUAACACAAAAUUCCAAAUUAGAGAAAAAAUUACGAUUCAAUGAAGAAAACAUACAGCAAACACAUCAUCCAGUUCAAAAGGAUUAUGGAUUUAUUGCUAUCCCUGAAGCUAAAACACCAUUUCCUAGGCAUGGUGAUCCCAUAUCAGCCGAAGAUUUGCGUAAACGUUUACAAGAAUCACUGGAUCGUGCUAAUCGUAUGAUGCUCAAUGAUAAUACUGAUGACGAACGUAGCUUUAAUAUGGAUGAACUGCAAACACCAUUAACAAGUUUAGAUUUCGAAGACCAAGAACGUAGACGAUCUGAAUUCUAUAAAAAACGUAAGAAAUUUUAUCAAUCUGAAUAUAUUAUAGCGCAACAAAAAUCAAUGAGUACAGAAAUGCCACAACCUGGUCCGUCUAUAGGAGAGAAUUGGCGUAUUGUGAACAAUGAUGGAAACUAUUCUUUGCCGUCAACUUUUAAUUCUUUUAUAAGUAAUAAUCGUCAGUCUACGGUAAAUUAUGAAACACUGCGUGAAAUUGCCGAACAAAUGUCUAGUUCAAGUGAACAAUUUAUUUAGUUGCUCAUAUUAAAGUAUUUACUUUAGAUGUAUCUAUAACAGACGAAUUUAUAUUUAACUUAAUCACUUUCAUUUAUAAGUAUAUACCAGGAAAUAUUAUAUGCCAGACACGUUUAACUUUAUCUAUAGAAAUUAUUAAUUAAAUUCGCAAAUCAUAGAAAAAAUAUUUUGAAUGUAAUACCACAGAGUGUAAAAAAAUAUUUCAUACAAAAAGCUUUGUAUUGUUAUGUUGAAAUUAACAUUGGUUUUUUUUUUGUAUUUUUUAAUAAAAUUGAUAUGUAGUUUACAAGUA